AUGCCGUCGGUUGCCCAGGAAGCGCCGCUCGUGCAGCCGGCCAAAAAGAGGAGGCGAGACGACGACGACCACCAGAUCUUAACGCCUCAUCUAAUCCCACGAAGUAUUUUCGACGAGAAAACCACUCACAAUAUCGACUCAUCCCACCACCACCAUCACGACUUCCCGUCAACGGCCCGCAAGGUCAUCCCCUUAGCACCCGGUAAACGCCAGCGAACAGUUGCCGACGCGAACCCCGAGGCCGACGGCGAACCGAUGCAGCGAUCACCUUCACACUCCCCUUCCCACCUACGAAUUCAUCACCAUCCUCACCGAGAUCACCACAAUGCCCGGGACACAUCCUACGCUGACCACAAAUCACGCUCACCACCACCGGCUGCCAUAGCCAGUCGCGGAAAUUCCGCAGCCCUUAUGAAUCGCUGCCACAUCUGCUCCCGCAAACCCAGCCGCAAAUCCGACCUCGAUUCCUUCGCCAACUGCCAAGGAUGCGGCCAACGAACCUGUUACGUCUGCAUCCGCGAAUGCCUUGGCUGGGCCCCAGGGUCACGGGAACCGGGCCAGCAACGCCAGAAUGGCCAGCCAGGGAUACCAACACCAAUUACGGCGACACCUGUCGAAGACGCCAGGGAGACAUCGUUCACCAUGCUGGAUGCUGAUGAUGAAUCGGGCCAGGACCAGCAACACCCGCAGAGGGUAGAGGAAGGAUGGACAAGAGGUGGGGGCCACAGACGGGUAGUCUGCAGUCGAUGCUGCGUGGAGCGAGGGCAGGACGGGGAGGUGGUAUGUCUGGGGUGUUUUCCCUUUGCGGAGGGUUGA